GACUAAACAAGCAUGGUUAGAUUAGUAUGAAGCCAGUCCUGAUGAGGACAGUCCAUUCAAAUGUACUGUAAUCUUUUUUUCCUCAGGUAACUCCCUUUGUGGACCUCAGAAUCUGACACUUACCAGCUCUGACCAGAUGAUCCUGAUAACAUGGCAAGAUGAGCCGUCAUGCUCUGCAGUACAGGAUGUGCUGAUCUAUGAGCUGAUGGUUCUCAUAGCCGACAAAAAAGAACAUUAUGAGGAAGUUGCUGUGAUGCCUGACCAGAUAGGAUCUACUCACUCCUGGAACUGGACGUCCUAUUUGGCGUUGGAGUGCGCUUCCCAUUCGGUCAGGCUCCGUUCCCGACACAAAAACCAUAAAAGCCCAUGGAAACAAGAACAAACUCUUCCUGGGAUGGAAACCUCAGAAAGACCAGAGGUUUUUCCAAGGGACAAAACGUUCAUGAUUGGCAGUAGAGUCACCUUCUGCUGCGUUCUGCCAGCGGGGAAAGUUUUUAAAAAAAUGUAUCUGUCUGAGUAUAGUAGAGCUAAUAUGAACGCUACCACGAUCAGCAAUCAGACACAUGCCUUGACCGUCCUCCUGAACCGGUUACCAAAAUAUGAUACCUUUAUUGUGUAUUGUGAAACAGAAGACAACAGUAAUAACCGUAAUGGGGCUGUUGUUGAAGUUGACUACCCACCUGAUUACAGCAACCUUACGUGUGAAACUCGAGAUCUGGAAUCAGUCGAAUGUUACUGGACAGAAGGAAGGAAAACGAGGUGGAAAAACAUAAGUUAUCAGCUGCUUGAAAGUCUAUGUACAAAGAUGGUGAAUUUGAGAUGCUCUCAAGAAGUGCAAGUAGAUGUUGGUGAGAAAAACUGGACUUUCACAGCAAAGAGUGGGUAUGGGAAGGUGGAGCUUUCAGACACUGCAGACCUGAUUAAAAGAGUGCACAUGCGCCCUCCAAACGAAGUCACAGCUUCAACUGUGAAUGCCAGAAAUGUCAGCCUGGAGUGGCGGUGGACGGUGCCAAAGUACAAUAAUCUCAGUAUAACAUGCCAAGUAAACAUUAACUGGGAUAAAAAUACCAGAGAGAGAACACAAGAAAGCUUUGGCGUCGGUCUUAAGUUUGUAGUUUUGAAUGACCUGAUACCGAAUUGGAAAUAUAUUGUGACAGUACGAUGUGGAACAACGCAUAAUUUCUGGAAGUGGGGUGACUGGAGCACAACUGUCAACUUGCACACAAAGGGUGAUGUUCCAGAUGCUCUUGAUGUGUGGAUGCAGAUGAAGGACAAAAAGAUUAUAACCAUCUGGAAAGUGCCUCUGGACAACCAGAGUCAUGGACACAUCGAAGACUAUGAAGUGACCUGGACAAAGACCACAGAGAGAGAACGACAAAAUAGAACCAAAGUGGCUCCCAACAACCACAGUCAUGCUCUCAGUCUGGACCCCACUGAAGAGUAUAUCAUCACAGUUACAGCCAGGAAUAUAAACGGCAGCUCACCCCCAUCAAACAUCACCAUCCCCAGCCUCAAUCCAGAGUCUUCAUUUUCAGACAGAACCAGAGUGAACACUUCUUGGAUCAUUGGCAGUAACGGUGGCUUCAACCUGUCCUGGUCUUCCAGCCCUACAGCCAGCUGUGGCUACAUCGUGGACUGGUGUCCAACCGGGCAGUGCAUUGUGGAGUGGCUGAAAGUGCCUCCCAAUGAGACUAAAGCCAAUAUAUUUUCAAAAACCUUCAAAAACGGACUGAGAUACUCGUUGUCCAUAUAUGCCUGCACCCAAGGAGCUCCAGUGCUACUAGAAAUAAGAGAGGGCUAUGUCAGGGAGGAAAGAAUACAAGACGGCCUGUUUAAAUCAUUGAAGGGGAAACAGCAGGAUUCAGAUUAUGAGGUAUCCUGGGACAAAAUAUCUUUACGAGAGCAGACUGCUUUCAUCCAAGGAUAUGUCCUGUAUUGUUUGGACAACAACAACAACAACAACAAUAUUGUCAAUUUCAGCACAGAUAAUCCUGAGGCCACCAGUCUGACAGCGAGAAAACUUUCAAUCAGUUCCUACACAUUCACAGUGAAGGCAAAGACAGCAGUUGGAGAAUGUGGCACUCAAUCCUUUACUGCCACCUUGAAUACACCGACUGAUAACUUGAUCAGUCCAGUCAUCAGUCCAGUCAUCACUGUUUUUGUUCUCCUUAUCCUCAUCGUCUUCCUUCUCUACAGACACUGGACAUGUAUCAAACAGAAGGUCUAUCCUCCGAUCCCGAAGCCGGUGUUGACAUCAACGGGUGAACAUUUAUUUCGUCCUCUUCACGUGGACCAGUGUUACCACAGUGAAGCAGAUAUCCUGGAUGUUCCGGAGCUGCAUCAUAGUACAGGAGCACCAAUGAAUGGUUUUGCUUGCCAGGAGGACAUGCCAUUUGUUUCUGCACAAAUUCCAAAGGAUUACUUAUUCCAGCCCUUGGAAAAGUGCACCCCACCACCCCUAAUUGUACCCACUACAGCCGUCCCAUCUCAGUCAGGGUUGCCAUCUUCUCCAUUCAGAAGUGUAAUUCCCAUCCCAUCAUACAGCCUGAUAAUGAAGCACUGGGAUCAGCAGUUCAACUCAGGUCCUGAGCUUCAGGGGGGAACAUCUUUAGAAAGAAGCACCGAUGAAUACCAGCCUCAGGAUUCCAUAGAAACCUUCACUAUAAACCAGACAGAAGGGGAUCGAGAUAGUCCAAUGUCCUGUGUUUCCUCUUACAUUUUGCUACCAAAGUCAUCUUCCAGAUAGCUGCUGCAUGCACAGCCUGUGUGGUAUGUUGUAAGUAGGGUUGCCAGAAAACAGAUUUGUUGUACACAUUUACGCAUUACAAUGUUAAGCAUAGUUUUAGUCAUGCUAAUGCCAUGGCUCUAGGGAUCUAGUGUAUCGGCACCAUGAGGUAGAUGCUUAUGUUUUUUAUUGAACAAUUUUGAUCCCCUAACUUUUCAUCCAGCACCAUUAUCGGGUCACAAUUUAAAUUUUUCCAAUACUUUGGUUUAUGACCAAAUACGUCCAAAACGCAUGACAUUCCCGUCUGUCUCAGCUGUACUUUGUGUUUAGUGCCAAUUAGCAAAUGUUUGCAUGGCCAAUACACGUGAAACACUGCCUCAUAGAGCUGCUUGUUAUAUCCAGAAAUCAGUGCUAGAUUAAUUAACUUGCUUCAGAUUAUUGAAGACAUUUCACCGCUCAUCCAAAAGGGUUCUUCCGUGCUGACUGACUGCUGGGGAGUCCCAGGCAUUUAACCUCUGUUGGGUCGUUUAAGGGGCCAGUAUACUCCAUCAGAAGUGCUUGUCGGAUCAUACUUGACACAACUAUUUCUGUCACUUUUCAUGUGAACAGCCGAGUGCAAAACUAUGAAUCUCUAUCAGGAGAGACUGUCUGGAAAUGUGUGCCAUAUCUACAUAGUCACAAAAAGUAAAAACUCAGGGCCGAAGUUGUCUUCUGCUAAGAUAAGUUUCACUUUCAGUUCAGUUCCCUGUCGGAAAGGAGAAGGAAAGGGCUGUCUGACGGCAAGAUAAAGCUGUGAAAAUCUUCUCAAUGUAGCGUACACUUAAAGGUGAACCUUUCUUUUAGGUGUUUUGCUGCAGGCCCCGUCCACAACACUUUAUUGCUUUGCUCCCGUGCUGGUACUCCUGUCUCUUUCUCCAAGAUGGGGGUGUGCCGACCGCCAUUUACUGUAUAGGUAAUACACUGACUAUGGAUAAGUACUGUACCUCAUACAACCCCACUUAAAAACACCCGAACUAUCCCUUUAACAUGCUCAAGAAUGUAAAGCAAGUUCAGUUGCCCCAUGUUGUAUACCAUGACCUGGAUGGCUGAGAAUCUUCACAGAUGUACUGUUAGAAUGAUCUAUGAUAAAGUUACAUACACUGGGAGUUAUAUUGUUGUCACAGUGGCUCGUGUCCAGAGGUCCUCUGACUUUUUGUUGCGACUGAAUUUGAGUUUAAAGGCGCUAAAUCAGUAUCCAGAGCAUUAAUAUAGCAACAACCAACUAUUUGCCAUUAGAGUUGGGCCGGUGUAAAAAUGUUCAAACCGGUUUGAUCUUGAGAAAAUAGCAAGAGUACACUAGAUUUUUAAAAAUGCUCCAGAAUAAAAACCAUGUAUAUAUACAGUAUAUACUGUAUAUAUGAUAUAUAUAUGAAUUUGUGAAUUCAGAUAUCUCGACAACUGGAAGCAGAUUUGAACCAGAGUGCAUUUCAUCGGUGUGACCAUGAGUUAACCGCGACUUGUGUGUGUUUUUCCCCCGUGAGUAAAACGGUAUUUCCUCGGUGUAAAACUUGAUACGAAAAAAAAAAACUAGUAACGUUAUACAUUUAACAUGUGAACUACUGUAUAUACCUCAAAAUAAAAUGGGAUAACUCUCCUGUCA